CUCCGGGGGCAGGGCAGGCGCGGAGUUUGCGCGCGGGGCCUGCGGCAGGCGGGGCCGGUGGCGAUCGCCGCGGAGCGGAGCGGGCCGCGCGGGCGGGGCCGUUGUGGCGCUGGGGGCUCCCGCGGGGCUCCCGACUGGGCUCGCAGUCGGAAAAAGUUUCCCGUUCCCAAGAUGAUGGCAGUGUAACUUACAGAGCAUUUCCUUUGGAGGGGUUACUUUGAAAGCAGAAAUACGUAGAGAAGUAUUGGCUUCUGGAUGGCAUCUGUGUUCUCAUAUGACCCUGAGAGAGGUCUGUUAACUUGACCAUCUUUUCAGUGAUGAAACAGCAUUUGAAAGUAUGGACAAAAACAUUGGAGAGCAGCUUAACAGAGCUUAUGAAGCAUAUCGACAAGCAUGCAUGGAUAGGGACCAUGCUGUGAAAGAACUACAGCAAAAAACAGAAAACUACAUGCAGCAAAUACGUGAACAGCAGAAGCAGAUAAAGCUUCAAAAAAGCAUUAUUGCAAAACUGAAAUCACAGUUAGCUGCUCUGAAUGCUAAUAGAGGUAAUGCACAUCCCUGCAUUCUGAUGCAUGAAGACACAGAAACCUCCAACUUAUCUUUGAGCCAGCUCUCUGAAGAACUGAACAUAGCAAAGCAGGGAGAAAAACUCUUAAAGGUGAAAAGUAAGAAAGCUGUUCCAUAUAAGCCUGAAUUGUGUCUAGGGAUUGCUGGUGUUUCACCUAUACCUGAAAGGGAGAAUCUGGAGACUAUUUUCCAGGACAUGAAAGAAGAGUGUCAUCGAAUAUGUAUGCUAGCCAGAGAACAAACAGACCAACUGAGUAAAUUUAGGAUAAAGCCAGAACCUGAAACUGAAAUACAGUUUUCCAUGCCGAUACAGUGCACUGAUAAAACUGAUGAACAAGCAGAAGAGCUUUUUAAGCCUCGGGUUAUAAAGGAUAUAAAUAGAGGUGCAUCAUGCAUCACAUCUAUCACACCAAGAGGAGUGGGCCAAGAUGAGGACAACAGCUCUGUAGAAUCACUUUCUAAAUUUAAUGUCAAGUUUCCACCUACAGACAAUGACUCUGCUUUCUUGCAGAGCACUCAGGAAAAAACAACAGUUCCUUGUACUGGUAUAGCUGAAAAGAUGCUUCAAGAUCAUCAUUUUAACCUGGAGCACAGAGACCGUGCUGUUAACCUCAGUAAAUUGGAACCUAACUCAUUUGAAGUUCAUGGAGUUGAUCUCAUGACCUCAGCUUUACAAAACUUUACUGUUGACAAAACAAACUCCUCAAAUCAUGCAAACAUGCCCAUAGAAAAGACCCAUGACAAAACAUGUUUAAAUACAGCAAACGCGGUUUUCACAUUUGUACCAAAGCACACUAACCUGGGUGUACCUGAAGUAAUUCUUGAUUCUUUAGAAGCUGCUGGGACAACCGUCAGAGGUCCUCAUCAGCUCAUUUGGCAACCUCAAGACAAUGAUUUGCUGGCACAAGCUUAUACAGACUCUGAACUGAUUCAGUGCGGAAUAUGUGAAUUCUGUCAAGAAGUUUUCCCACCAUCUAGAACAUCUAAGGAAGAUUUUCUUCGGCAUCUGUAUUCCCACUUAAAAGUACAGUCUUAAUGUAUGAGAAUUCAAUGGAUCACUGUUUUUUUUUGCAUACAUUUGAUUUUUUUUUUAUUCGCUAGAUAUGCUAAGAAUUUAAGAAUUAAGGCUUUUUGUAACAACAACUCAUAACUGAAUUUGUCAGAUAAGCAUAUUUUUAAUUGUCCUUCGACAAAGUAAAAUGAAACUGUAAGUCAGUCAGUACUGUAAUUCACACUGUUGCUUGGUAUGCAAUAUCAUUUUUGAGAAUGAUGUUAAAAACUGGGGUUUUUUUUUUUCUAUUUUUCUCCUUGCAAUUAAUCGUUGUCUGAAUAGGCCUAAAGCCAUGAUAUUUACGAGGAGCGGGAUCAACGCCUUAAUCUGUCUGGGGAUACUGGUGUAAUUCUAGGAUUUUUUUCUCAAUAUCCAGUGACAUGUUUAUGUUCUCCCUGACGUAAACAGGAAGAUAAGUCGGCUCACAUUUUUCAUUUUUAUUAAACAAAAUCCAAAUUUAAUUUACAGUAAUGAACCUUUUAAUUCAGAUUCUUGUAAAAUCAUCACAGUAACUGAAUGCCAGUUGUGCUAGAAUUAGGAUAGGUUUGUUCACUAGUAUCAUAAAUGAAAGGUUGACUUGCCCGAUUAAUUGUUUACUAGAGAGAGUAUUCAAACACAGCACAUAAAUUACUGUUUUGCCAAAAUGUAACAGUAGCAAUUUUAUGGAUAUCUGUUACCUGUUAUAAAAAAAAUAAUUAUUUUGAUCAUGUACCUUUCUAGCAUUAAUAAUUAGUAAAAAUCCUUUCAUGGAAAAGGUUGUAUUAGUAUGAAGGAUAGAGUGAGAAAAAGUUGGACUUUCCCUAAAACUAAUACCAACGAUUAUUUACCUUUCCUUCUGGUCUGGUAUGAAGGAUUGCUCAAGUCUGUUGCAGCUUAGAAAGGAAAGGGGAAAAACCUAAUCCCCCAAAUCACAGUGACUUAAUUUUUAACAUGAAUAUGCUUAGUGGCUUUCUCAAUGCAAUUUACAUUUGUAUUUAGUUGAAAAUUUGCAUUCCGAUAAAGUUUGUCAAUUUUCUGGAUUUAUUUGGAUCAAAUUAAAAAGCAUGGAGGGGGUGGUACUAAAUAAUUUAAAUUUAAUUAUAAAGGGUGGCUUGGAGCUUUUUGCAUUUGAAUCGAAUAUAGAUUUUAGUCCUGAUGUUUGAUAAUUAGCAUUAAUAUUUUCAUAGCAGCAAAGCACAACAGUUUUUUAAAGACUUGUUUGCAGGUGACCGAUUUUUGAAAGAAUUGACAGCUGCAUAAUUUUCAGAAAUGGAUUUGUCUGCAAUUAUUUUCUGUUUUAAAACAUCUCGUGUUUGUGACUGGUUGUCAACAGAGUGUACUGUAAUAAACAACAGUGAACAGUGCCUUUCUGCUC